CAUCAAAAUAUGGUCGUGUCACUUUUUCAUUUGCUCCAGAAUUUCCCUUAUUUACAGGCUGAAUGCACAGCCACGAUAAAUCUUGACAUGAUAAGAUAACAAAAAAUUGGAAGAAGAGACCUAAAUCCUCUGUGGGUUUUAAAUCAAGAUGCCUCAGUUAGAUAGGUGGGCAGUCCUACAGCUUAGUUUGCUCAUACUAGCCGUCCCUGCCCAGUAUAUGAUCUCUAAGUACAUGGACUCUCCGUCCACAGAGAGAAGUCAAGCUUUAAGAAAGAUCCUCAGCAGUGCACUAGAACUUCGCAAUAAAUAUUUCACCUGGAAAUCAUGGGAGAAAUGGUACAGGCAAAUAGUACAAAAUCUCAGGGCAAAAUCUCCCAGUUUUAAAGGAAAUGCUGACGAUGAAGGGGAAUCCCCUGCUAUUGAGGUCAUGAAAUACAGAGAUCCAAAAGGACACUUUGCAGAUUCACCAGAGCCUCGGAGACCAAGGCCACCAGAGGUGAAAUACAGAGUGGGACAAGUUAUCAAGCACAAGAUCUGGGGCUACAGGGGUGUUAUCAUAGGCUGGGAUCCAAAAGCUAGGGCUCCAGAAGAAUGGCUACAAGCAAACCAUCCACCAAAUAAAAAACACUGGCGUGAUAUGCCAAACUAUUCCAUAUUAGUCGAUACUCGUGACAGAAUGUCACCACAAACAACUUACGUGCCUCAAGAAAAUAUAGAAAUAGUCAGAAAUACUGCAGUUGUACAUCCAUUGUUACAUGAAUA